CUCAGGUCAACAGUGGCGUACAUGAGGAGCCUCAUCGUCGCUUUAGCUGCUGUCUAUGGAGUGCGGGGCAUGGGAAUAAAGCGCGCUAUCAAAACAAAACAAAACGCAGAAAAGCUUACAUACAAAUAAAAAAUAAAAAAAAAACAAGUGAACAAGAAGAUAUAAACUAGUUUUGCUUUUGAAAGCAAAACAUUGUUUGCGAUAAUUAACAAAAGUAAUUAUUGUUCUUUUUUGUUUUUGUAAUCAAGUAAAUGCGAUGUUGUACUAUACUCGUAUGUGUCUGUGCAGCUGAAAUUCUGAACCUAGCAAAAAGCUUUUAUUUUAGCGUGCAUUUCAAAUAGUGUUGGGAAGUCAAUCAUGCCGCUAAGACGCAAAAACUAUUUUCUGGGAUUUGUGCUCCUUCUACUGCUCCUUAUAAUACAACAAGGGGAGCCCAAGAAAUUUCAGCGCUGUGAACUGACAAGAGAACUUGUGGAGAAGUAUAACUUCGACAAAACAUUUCUGUCAAACUGGAUUUGUCUGGUGGAGCACGAAAGUAAUCUAAAUACGAGUGCAAUAACUUAUAGAAGUAGAAGCACAAAUUAUGGACUUUUUCAAAUAGGCAGUCGGGACUAUUGCUCAGAGACCCGUAAAGGCGGAUUAUGUAAUCAAAAAUGUGAAGCUUUCUCCAACGAUGAUAUUGCCGAUGAUAUUGCCUGUGCCCGAAUGAUACAGGAACGCGAGGGAUUCAAGUACUGGAGUGGUUGGGACCGCUACUGUCGCGACCAGCGUAACUUACCCAACUUGCGAGUAGUUUGUAAUCUCAGGAGCCUCUCUCCCAUACGCUCGCCUAGAAACUUUAACAAUUUCUUUGGCUGACAAAAGGCCAAGGGCAAAACUUACCUCUCGCAGAAGAACCGAAUGAAAUUGUUUUUUAUUUUGUAUGAGUAUAUAUUGUGUCUAAACAUU